GUUCAGGUCUUUUUAAGCAACAUCAGUUGAUUAAUAUAUGUUUUGAGACUACAAUUUAGUCAAAUAUUAUAUAUGUUAUGUUUCUGUCUCUCAUUUUCUUUGAACCUGAUUUUCUUACAAUUUUGUUCAAUGAUUAUGUCAAGACUGCUAAACCAUUUUCUCUUCUUUGUACAGGACCGAUCUCUUGACUUUCACGCAUUGUGCGCUCUGUAUGCUGUUACUGGUACUCAUUUUUGUUUUGUAACAAAACCGUUAAUCAAUUUUGUCUUAGAUAAGUAAAUUUUUCCUAGGCUGCCUAGUUUGUAGUGAUUCCUAUGGUAACUCAAUCAUGUAAUACAUUAAUAUGGUGAAACAACAGAAGGCAAUUGUGCCUUCAAUUAAUUAAUUUUGUUUACCAUGAGUAACUCAAUUGCUAUUUCUUUUUCCGGUGCAAAUUUUAUAUAUAUAUAUAUAUGUAUAUAUAAAAAUAAAUAUAGAUAUUUUUCAUUUCUGUUUAUAUGCAUGUAAUUUUGUUUAUUUGUUUGUUUUUCCUUGUUUAGAUGAUGCACUUGUUACUUCUAUUAGAGAUGGAAUGAAUCUUGUGAGUUAUGAGUUUGUUGCUUGCCAAGCAUCCAAGAAAGGAGUCCUCAUUCUGAGUGAGUUUGCAGGUGCAGCACAAUCGCUCGGUGCUGGUCCCAUUUUAGUAAAUCCAUGGAAUAUCACAGAAGUUGCUGCUUCCAUUGCUUAUGCUUUGAAUAUGCCAGCUGAUGAAAGAGAAAAGAGACACCAACAUAAUUUCAUGCAUGUAACAACUCAUACAUCUCAAGAAUGGGCUGCAACCUUUGUUAGUGAACUUAAUGAUACUAUUGUGGAAGCUCAACUGAGGACUAGGCAAGUUCCACCUCUACUUCCUAUGAAAGAAGUCGUUGAUCACUAUUUGGAAUCCAAUAAUAGAUUGCUUAUACUGAUGGAAUAA